GUGGUGAUUGAAAAAUCAUUAAUGGAUCUACAAGGCAUCCGAGGGAUCGCGAUCCUAUACGUUUUACUGAUGCAUCUCAGACCGCAGACGUUUUUCGUACUGUCUGGUUUUCUCAUGACCAAAAUCCUUCGCGAAAAAGAAUUUUCCACUUGCUCUGUAUGGAAUUUCUACGUGCGCAGAUUCAAAAGGAUAGUGCCCCUUUACUUGUUGGUCGUCGUCGCAACGUACAUCUGUAGGUUUUCAAAUAUUUUAAUAAGAUCAAAACUAGAGAAAAAAAAGGCCAACGCAGCUCAGGGAAGUACACAGCGCGGUGACUGA